AUUUCAGGAUGAUUUAUUCGCAGAAAUGAAAUGAGAUCUUAUAUUAUAAAUUAAAGAACCGCUAUUAUGGAAGAUCAGGUUGACGAGGAGUCCCUCAUCGUUCAACUUAGGACAGCCUUUCUUCAGCAAAAUUUAGAACCAUUUGAUAGUAGAGAUGUGUCAAAGAUUCGGAAUGAUGACAGAGCUGUACUUGCUUACUUGAAAAACUGCCGUUUUAAUCUUGAGAAGGCUUUUAACAUGAUGACAGAAAGCCUGAAAUGGAGAAAAAGUUUUGGUGUAAACGAUAUCAAUAAAGAAUCAUUCAGCCCAGAUUUACUCACUGAUCCGUACCUGUAUUUUAAGGGAUAUGGCAAACAUGGCGAACCUUUGUUAAUCUGGGAUAUCCGAAGACACAAGAAGAAUAAUACCACUGUUAAUGCUGAAAUGAAAAAGCUUAUGCCUUUGUUGUUAGACCGAAGGGAAGGAGCAAAGGAUUAUAAAAAAGUCAUCAUGCUCUUUAACAUGAGCGGCUGUGGAUUAAGCAAUAUUGAUUAUGAUUUUAUAAAGUAUCUGAUCUCCCUUCUCACCGAAUACUAUCCUGAUAUUCUUGAUAACUUGCUAGUGUUUGAGAUGCCCCGACUGCUAUCAGCUGCAUGGACUAUAAUAAAAAACAUGUUGGAUGAAGAUUCAAGAGACGCAAUCAAGUUCGUAAACAAGUCAGACGUGUUAGAGUAUGUUGAGAAAGAUCAACUGCCCAUAUCUCUAGGAGGAACUAACGAGGUGGCUGCUACAAAUGUUAUGGAGAAUGAGUUCCAAAGCUUAGUUGACAAAAAGCAAGUGACGUUUACUCAGCAGACGUCACCCCGCCGUACACAAAGUACUACAAGCUCAGAUAGCAAGACCUCUCCCGACAAGAAUAUGUCCCCUCUUCAAGUCACGCCACACGACACUCUGACAUUUAGUGUUCAACAAUCGAACGCCGAGUCACUGCCACAGGCAAUUAAAAUGGUAAACAAUCGUGAAGUUCAAGUUGCAUACAAGGUGAAAACCACAGCCCCAGAACACUACAGAGUGAAACCAACAGUCGGAAUCAUUGAACCGGGCCAGGAAUGUGAAGUCUCAGUUCAGCUUACCCCUGGAAGUGCUGUUACAGCCAGCAGGGAUAGAUUCCUCGUUCAGUGUACUGAAAUAACAUCACCUUUUAAAGGUGAUAUCACCGAGUACUGGAGAUCUGUUGAACAAGGCAAGGUAACCGAACACAGACUACGAUGUAAGGUAGUGAUGAAUGGAGUCCCAUCGAAGAGAAAGUUGAUCAUCUGAUGAGCAACUCCAUGCACAUUGCUCAACCACCCAACGUUGCAGAUAGGCUACUUGCAAUCGAAAACAAGUUAAAAUCGUUAGAGCAGAAGGCAGAGGCCACUCAUCGCCAGACAAGAAACACACUUGUUAUCAUUCAGAUAUUUCUAGCGGUGUCGUUAGUUUACAUUUCGUACCUGCUAUACCAAGAAUACAACCUAUUACAAGAGUCUAUAGCUACAGAUGAGCCUGCUGUACAAUCCGUACCCAAUCAGGAGUUGUGAUUCAAUAAUUAGUUAAUUAGUUAAUUAAUUGGUUUGUGACCGGCUUACUAUACAGGACUCGACCGACUGAACUUUAAACCCGAAACUAUUAAAACCCAAUUUUAAACCGUACGGUUUUUAUCGCUAUCAUGCUGUGUUCGAUGAUAAAAGAUUCCAUUUUAUGAGAAGAGUCUCUGUCUAUGUUUAGCAUUUGAUUUGCAUUUUGGCUAUUAAAUUAUUCGUUAACUGUGUAAUUUGAAUUAACGCCUAUUUGGGGACUGAUAUAGGGUCGCGGCGUAUUCUCAUUCCAGGAUUAACUUGUAGGUUUGUCCUAUUUCAGGUUGGAAUUUUUGAGAAAUUAUUAUGACUCACUUGAUUUUGAAUUUUAGGUUAGAUUAUUGUUGCCCUAUUCAAAUGCCUGAGAUGUUGUCUAGGAUUGAGCUAAAUGUAGAUUUUACAAAAGCCUGGAUUAUGGACGGGGAAGUAUUUGAAGUUUCCUUGACAAUGAUGACAGUGAUUUGUUGAUCUGCAUUCUGUAUGUCAGGGUCACGUGUCAUAUUCAGUAACUUGUAUUACGUCACUUGUAUUACCUCCCCACUUCAAGUCGCUAGUUUGUUGAAACAUGUUGCCGUUAUUGAUCCACGUGCUUGAAUCGAAUAAAAACAUUUGAUCGUUGGGAUUUCACUACCGCAACUACUAAAAGUGCAACGUUUUUAAUAAUGAUUAUGUUUAAGUUUUAGCGUUUACGUGACAGUUUAAUAAGUAUCGUUUUCGACCGUGAUAAGUUUUUCAAAAA